UCGCAUCUCGGAUCGAACUUAUUUCCGAACGUAUCGGAGGUUGCCAUGACAGUUUUUUAAACAAACGUACUGUUUUGUAUAUGUAAAUAAAAGUGAAUCUUCUUAAUUAUUGCGAGUUACUCGAAAAAAUGUCUGAUAAACCGAAAAAUUUCGCUGUGCCCGCAAGUAAAAACGUUCGUAGUGCACGUACAUCUACAGUUAACACUGUUGCUUCAUCAUCUAAAACACGCGUUCCGCCAAGUGCCAUAAAGGAAAAAAAUGCAUCUUCGCGUUCGAAAAUGAAUAAAACAGCAGCAAAUAUGACAUUAAUUGGUGAUUUGGAUGCUACUACGAUGAAACAGGAAGUUUCAGUGCCUAAUUUAGCUACAGAACAACAUCAAAUUAUGUAUGGAAAAUUUUUGCGUGACAUGUUAGAGGAAUGUAUUGUGGACGAUAAAAUUGAGCGGGAAGAAACGCAAAUCGAUAUUCAGAUGGCUUUAUUAGCUGAUAGAUUCCAGAAGACCAUUGAUCAGCUCGAUAAGACCAAUAGAAGGUUGAAGGAUAUUAAUUUUGUUGUCGAACAAAAAAGACUCUUGGAUCUAAAAAGCAAUGACUGUACCCAAUACUAUGAAAUGAUGGAUAAUUCCAAUACAGAAAACAUUUUAAAAGACCUAUCUUUAGCGGAACAAGCGUGCCUUGAUAAACUCGAGACAAAGAAUAUGGAUUUUGGUUACGACAAUGACAGCGGCUAUAAGAAGUUAUUAGAUGCGGUGAAUGAUGCUAUUGAGGGGCUAGAGAACAUUAAAAAACAUUCCAAAUUUGAUUUGACCAAGUUCAAAGAGUAUGAAAAGACAGACAAGUGUUUGGAUGAUGUCGAAAAGGACCGAUUUGACAUUGAGAGUCUUAAGUCAGAGUUUGAGACCAAGUUUCCGCAUUUAAGUGAGAAGUUAAUGAAGGAAGCAUCAGAACGGAUUGGAAAACUUAUGGAUAAUGAACCAGAUACAGACACAGAUGAUGACUAAUU